GGAGUGAAGAAAGGACAGCCAGGAAAGGAGAGGACAGGAGCUCUGGGAGAACUGGCACUUAGACAAACUCAGAUCGGAUUAGAUCAAAUCAGGCAGAUAUGGAUGGACAGAACUGCAAUAACAUCUGCUCCUGGACAUAUCAACACACUACAAAGUUUAAAAAGAAGAAAAAGACGAAGGAAAUCCCAGACAGGGUGACUCUGAAGAAGGAGAUCGGGCUGCUGAGUGCCUGCUCCAUCAUCAUAGGAAACAUCAUUGGCUCUGGGAUCUUUAUCUCUCCAAAAGGGGUCCUGGAGCACACUGGUUCGGUGGGUUUGGCUUUGGUGGUGUGGGUACUAGGAGGCUGUGUCGCCGCUCUAGGCUCAAUGUGCUACGCUGAGUUGGGUGUCACCAUUCCCAAAUCUGGAGGCGACUACUCUUAUGUGACAGAGAUAUUUGGUGGGCUGACAGGAUUUCUGUUGUUGUGGAGUGCAGUCCUCAUCAUGUACCCAACCACCCUCGCUGUCAUCGCCCUUACUUUCUCCAGCUAUGUGCUACAGCCCGUCUUCCAAAACUGUGCUCCUCCGUUCAUGGCGACAAGACUUUUGUCAGCAACUUGUCUUUUAUUGCUGACCUGGGUGAACUGUUACAGUGUUCGUAUGGCCACCAGGAUUCAAGAUGUUUUCACAGUGGGGAAGCUCAUGGCUUUGGGUCUUAUCAUUGUUGUAGGUCUAGUACAGAUCUUCAAUGGAAACUGUGAGGCACUGAUUCCUCAAGUAGCAUUUUCCAUGGACAGCACACCAUCAGUUGGACAGGUUGCUCUGGCAUUCCUGCAGGCAUCCUUCGCCUUCAGUGGCUGGAACUUCCUCAAUUAUGUUACAGAAGAGGUGGUUGAACCCAGAAGGAAUCUACCUCGAGCCAUCUACAUCUCCAUCCCACUGGUGACUUUUGUGUACACGCUCACCAACAUCGCCUACUUUUCUUCCAUGUCACCUGAGGAACUGCUGUCCUCCAAUGCUGUGGCUGUUACAUUUGGUGAAAAACUGCUUGGAGUCUUCGCUAUUAUUAUGCCCAUCUCAGUUGCUUUUUCCACAUUUGGGGGAAUCAAUGGAUACCUAUUCACCUCUUCAAGGUUGUGUUUCUCAGGAGCCAGAGAGGGCCACCUUCCCAGCCUGCUUUCCAUGAUUCACUACAACAAAUGUACGCCCAUCCCAGCCCUUCUGGUUUGCUGUGCUGCCACUAUUAUUAUACUAUGCAUCGGGGAAACACACAACCUGAUCAACUACGUCUCCUUUAUCAACUAUUUGUCAUAUGGUGUCACCAUCGCAGGUCUGCUGUUCUACCGCUGGAAGAAACCUAACUUAUAUCGGCCUAUUAAGGUAAACCUGCUUGUUCCUGUGUCCUACCUGAUGUUCUGGGCAUUGCUGCUGGGAUUUAGCCUGUACUCAGAGCCAGUCGUUUGUGGUGUUGGUUUGGUAAUAAUACUUACUGGUGUACCUGUCUAUUAUCUUGGUGUCCACUGGAAAGAAAAACCAGAGUGUAUCUUCAAUUUUAUUGCACGGGCUACAUCUGUGGGCCAGAGGUUGUGUUUUGUGGUCUUUCCUCAAAUGGACCCUAUUGAGAUUGCCAGUCCUUCAGAAUGGACUGACCGAUCAUCCGGCAAAAACAGUUUGUCUGGCAGUUUAUGAAACUGCCUCUUCUGAACAUCUGGAGAUUUGUGUUCUGGCUCCUGUUUUGAAACUGGUAUUGUAUAUGGUCAGACAUGCUUUUCUACCAUGGAAGCCUCUAGUCUGAUCUUUGAUCCUGAAAAACUCAGCUUUUUGUCUAAAAUUCAAGUGUUCUGUCAGAUGGGUGAACUUUUCAUUUUCUCUAUUUUCUUUUAAGGAUCCACAUGCAAAAAUCUAAAUCCCCUCAGUAAAUAAUUAAGUAAGUAAAAUUAAUUUAUAAAGCACCUUUUGCAGACUCAAAAUCACAAAGCGCUGUACAACAUAAAUCACACUUUAUUUAUAGUGAUAAAAACAAGCAUCAUAAGGCACAAGAAAGAUUUUACACAAAACAAAAAUGUCCACAGGGUCAACAUAGUAAAUCUGCUGGGCCAAACUGAACAUUGAAGGCUAUAAGCAGCAGAGUGCUUGAUUAAAAGCUGAGAUGAAUAAUCAGGAGCCUGGCUAUUUAGUGCCCUGUAGGUGAGAACAAGUAUUAUAAAUUCUAAAACCCACUGAGAACCAGUGUAGAAAGUAUAAGACAGGGUCUAGAUGAUAAUGUUUAUCAGAUAUAAUAAGAAGUCUGGCUGCUGUAUUGUGAAUAGCAUGCAGGUGUGAAAUUGAUGAUCUGUUGAGACUGGCAAAAAGGGCAUAAGAGUAGACUAAAUGCGAUGACACAAAUGCAUUAAUAAUGUUGAUUAGAUCUGCACGGGAAACCAUGUCUCGUAUUUUGGAAAUCUUUCUUAAAUGAAAGAAACUGGAAUGAGAAAUAAAACUGAUGUUUGAGUCAAAGCCUAAUGAGGAGCCAAAUAUAACUCCAAAAUUUUUUAGAUUGGAUUUGGUUUCUGUGCAAAAACAUGCAACUCUCUGGUUUAUUUCAGAAUGGUGACAAUAAGGUAUUAUCAAGGGCUCCGUCUUAUUUUUGUUUAAAACCAGAGAAUUGCUGAAGAGUCAGUCACUGAUGAGAGAUAAACAUAGGACGAGGGUGGACAGCCUAUCCAGCUGGUGCAGUUUAAAAUAUAAAUUCAAUGAAGUAUCAUAUGUACAGAUCUGAUAUGAGAUAUCAAAAAGACUAAUGCCAGCGAUGUCAGAAUGUAAAACUAAAAUAAAAAUGGGCCUACAACUGAGCCUUGUGGAACCUGCAAAGGUUAGAGGAGCCAGAAACACCAGCAAAGACCUUCCACCUUUUUAACAAUUUUGUUUUGUUGUUCCCAUUUUGGUCAUCUGUAACACCACAGAACUGUGAUUGACUGACAGCUUAUAAUUUCAUUUAAAUAUUGCUAGAACAUCAUUGUGCCCUAAAGUCUUUUCAUACCAAGUCAAAACCAAUUAAAUGUCAAAAUAUAGACACCCUUUAAUUAAAAGAAAACUUGUAAAACCAACAAAAAUCUACUUUGUGUUUAUUUCCUAAAUCUUUCUGCUACCUGAUCCCUUUAUUAAUGUGUUUCACAUGUAGUACCAUGAAAAUAUACAUUACCCUCUA